AUGGACGCGGAACAGGAGUCGCGGUGGGCGGCGGCGCAGGGGAUCGGCAUCGGCGAGGACCUCGUCCCAGCCGCGCUGCAGCACCUGGAGUUCAUCGCCGCGGUUGACCGCCGCCGGUGGCUCUACGAGGGCCCGCUGCUCCACAGGGCCAUACACAGGUACAAAGCUUGCUGGCUUCCCCUUCUUGCCAAGCACACUGAGGCCGUUGUUGCAGAUGAGCCGUUGGUUGUCCCACUUGAUUGUGAAUGGAUAUGGCACUGCCAUCGGCUUAACCCGACUCAAUACAUAAAGGACUGCAAGAGAUUAUAUGGCAGAAUACUGGGCACUAACAAUGUCAAGUCCUCCAUUCAAGCAAAGUCCAGGGAUCAGGCUGAGAAAGUUUGGACCGAGUUAUAUCCUGGGGAGCCUUUUGAGUUGGAGUACUCAAGUCCUGACGAUUUUGUUUACGUGGGUGAUGGAACUGCAGGAGGCAUUUCCUAUGAUUUGAUCUCAGCUGUUAGGAGACAGUCUUCUUUCGUCUACGAGGUUGGAACACCAAACAUGCAUGAUCAUCGUUUUCUUGAAGAAGCUCUAGCUCGAUACAAAGGUUUUUUGUAUUUGAUCAAGGUGAAUCAGGAGAAAGGAAUGAAACUCUUUCGUGUGCCAACCUAUGAUGUGGAUCUAAUGUGGCACACCCACCAACUGAAUUCUGUCACCUACUACAGUGACAUGCUGAAUCUCCUUGGAAGAGUUCUGGAGCAUGAUGAUACAGAUGAUGACCGAGCUGAAGGAAAGAAGCUCGACACCGGAUUUUCAGGGACCACCGAGCAGUUCGAGAAUACCUUUGGUCUGAGAUACUGGAAGGUUGGUGCUAUGUACCGUGGAAGCUUGCCAUCUCCCGUGACAUCCAUUCCGCAGAUAUUUAGUAGUGAGGAUGAUACUGCUUUUGGUGUCGAUAAAGCAGAGAAGCAUCUUACUAUUCUUGAAACAACAGUUGUCGAGUUAUAUUUACAGAUUGUGGACAUCAAGAAUUUACCAUCUGCAAUUCCAGAGAAAAGUGUGUACGUGUGGUUCACCAAGACUCAACCAGAUGUAUUUAUCAGUGAUGGCGGCAGGUUAGAUAUUUCAACGAAAACAGGGAAGAGUAUCGGAGCUGGUUUCCAAUGUGAACCUACUGGCGAACUCAUUCUUACAGCAAUGGUUGAUCAGGCGUAUUUUGGGGCCUCGUCAUUGAAGAAAUCAGAACCAUUGGGGAAGGUUUCAAUCUCUCUUCAAGAGCUUACACAGCAUGAUUCGAGGCUUUCCUUUGAGAGGUGGUUUGAACUGAGAAGUCGUGGUGCAUAUGCUGGUUCCGCUCCUGUCAGUCUUCGUGUUGCUGCAUCUUGUACUGUCCCAAGGCAGGCUCCACAGGUUCUUAGCAUGGUCAAUGUGAAGCCUUUCUCUCUGAAGGCCUGUCUAUUGCCACAUUCCAUCAAGGAUCAAAAUAUGAGCUCCUGGACUCGCUUCGUGUAUGACUCUGGUACUGAACUCAUUCGUCUUCAGAUAAGGGAGCACAAGGCCAAGAGUGGCAUGGCUCUCAUUCGAGAAUUGGUUGGAGUAACAAAGUCAUCAAAGCAACCAUUUCAGCUUGCAGAAUUCACAAAAAACCAAUGGUCUUUUAACAACUCCAACUUAUAUAUCACUCAUGACCUGAAACCAAGCAAGGAUGGCUGCAUACACGAGCUCAAAUACGGCAACAAACUGAUCAAACUAUACAGGGGAAGGAGACUAGCAUAUGAACUCAAAUGCUGCAGUCAGCAUGCUGAAGAUACUACAGCAGUUACUGCUGUGAAGUUCUCAGCUGAACACCCCUAUGGCAAAGCAGUCGCACUACUUGACACAGAAUCAGAAUUUAUCACGGUUGAUGAGGAUUGGUUUCUGCUUCCCUGGGUCACAAUAUCAUUCUUGUUCCUGAAUUCCAUUGGCAAAGAUGGUGUGAAGCUCAUCGAAGGUGCCAUGGUACAUAAGGGUGGAACCGUUGAGGCUGAUACUACAGUGACCUCUGAAAUGGUAAAAGGUGGAGCAGCAGGUGCCACUGCUGCGCAGUGUGGCCCUUGUGGCACGGCUGGUGGCAGUAACAUGGUCAUGGCAAGUGACAAGGCUGAUCAUGCUAGCUGUGGCGGGUCAGUCACUUCAAGCAGCAAGGUGGCUGAUUCUAAGUGCGGUGGUUGUGGCUCAGACAAUGGUGGUGGAAGCGGUGUCUCUGUGGUCACCAUCUACAAGAAAGGUCAUGCGAGCUGUGGCGUCGUUGCAGGUGGCGAGAAUGGCCAUAUUGAGUCUGCUGGGUGUGGAUCGGGAUGCAGCAGUUCCUGCGGUGGCAGCAUGGUUAUUGAAAGCUCCCAGGAGGGGAACACCAAGUCAGGUGGCUGCGGUUCAGGUUGUGGUGGUGGAGGCUGUGGCGGCAUGGUCAUGGAAAGCUCCAAGACUGGCUUCGUCAAGUCAGGCGGUUGCGGUUCGGGCUGUGGUGGUGGUUGUGGUUCGGGCUGUGGCGGUGGUUACAGCAGCAUGGUCAUGGAAAGCUCCAAGACCGGCUUCGCCAAGUCAGGCGGUUGUGGUUCAGGCUGUGGUGGUGGUUGUGGUUCGGGCUGUGGCGGUGGUUGCGGCAGCAUGGUAAUGGAAAGCUCCAAGACUGGAUUCGCCAAGUCAGGCGGAUGCGGUUCUGGCUGUGGCGGUGGUUGCGGCAGCAUGGUCAUUUCACAGUAG